CCGUGCCCACCACAACGACUGAGUUCAGCCUGUGAUCUCCAUCCGCUCCAAUCUACACCAUGGAUGCUACGUUUCUUGGCUUUGUUUUUUCCAUUCUUGUGUGGAUUCGAACCGGGUUCUGUUGCGAUAUGCUGCAGGUACAAGGAUGUAAUCAUUACGAUCAGAUCAGAGAAAGCAAAUUUCACGGGUUUAUUGCUCAAAGGCUGCUCAACCGAACAUGCAGUGAACUGUCUGAAGCCUUAAGUUGUGUGUAUAAACCUGAGGUCGCCGGUGGAUGUUCAGACAAAGACAUUCUCAGCUUCAGUGUCCAGUGGGGCGUGGUCAAGCACAUCUGUUCUGUGGGCAGAGAAGAUUACAGACGAAGUUUCGAAUGUUUUUCCUACCCCCCUCUGAUGAGCGCAGUUCAAAAAUGUGAAUCUAUCAUCAACACAGCGGCUGAAAGUGAUGUAUGCAGUGAGUUGCCCAAUUAUCGCACGUGUGUAGACGAAGCUACUACUACAGUAUCAGAGGGCUGCCUCCUGGAGCACUUGGACCUCAUGAAGCAUCUCACGGAACUCUACAUCGAGCCCGUGGCUAAAGCCUACCAAUGCUCUGACGUCACGUUCCAAUGGGAUCUCACAACGGCGGCACCGACUACCCCAAAUGAGCCGGACACAAUUUCUCUAGCUGACCUGCUGACACGCCAAACAGCCCAAACGUCAGACAGGUCAAGGCAAGCCACGGUCGACCCGCCGAUCCCAGUUACAGAAAAACCAAAUCCUGGACCCGUCGCAGAUAGGGUGACAGGGGUUGAGGGGGCGGCUCCGUCCUUGACCUUCCAAUACACAAUUUGGAGCACCGUUUUCUCUGCCUGUUUCGCCAUCUUGUACACGAAGCUUUAGUAACAUUU